ACAAGCUAGGGUAAUCAAAUUUUGUAGUUUAAUUGAACUUGAGGUGAGACUAAUAUUGAUUGUGCUGAUUUAUGUAAUCUUUUGCACUCCUCAUGCCCCAACGAGUUGAAGGAGUGAGUAGUUUGGUCGGUGCGACACUGGCGACAUGGUAUUCUAGCUUAUUGAUUGCAUCUUUGUGGAGGUGGGAUGGGAAGAAGCAUGUCACGUACCGCCUUCUUGCAAAGAGCAUCUUUGGUUUCCGGGGUUACUGGUCCAUUGCAUUCUUUCAGCAGGUGGCUUCAUUGGGAAACAACAUUGCCAUUCAAAUUGCCGCUGGUAGCAGCCUCAAGGCCGUCUAUAAAUACUACCACAAGGAUGGUUCCCUCACCUUACAACAUUUCAUUAUCUUCUUUGGUGCUUUUGAACUCUUCCUCUCUCAACUCCCUGACAUUCACUCCUUAAGAUGGGUCAAUGCCUUGUGCACCUUCAGCACAAUAGGUUUUGCAGGCACAACAAUUGGCGUAACAAUAUAUAAUGGCAGAAAGAUUGACAGAGAUUCAGUGAGUUAUAGUCUGCAAGGGAGUUCCUCUACAAAGAGAUUCACAGCAUUCAAUGCUCUUGGUGCAAUUGCCUUUUCCUUUGGAGAUGCAAUGCUUCCUGAGAUACAGAAUACUGUGAGGGAGCCUGCAGUGAAGAAUAUGUACAAAGGUGUAUCAGCAGCAUAUACUAUUAUUGUUUUAAGUUACUGGCAAUUGGCUUUCAGUGGUUAUUGGGCAUUUGGAGCAGAGGUGCAGCCUUACAUCUUGGCUUCCCUAACUGUUCCACAAUGGACCAUUGUCAUGGCCAAUAUUUUUGCUGUUGUUCAGAUUUCUGGAUGCUACCAGAUAUACUGCAGGCCGACUUAUGCUUACUUUGAGGAAAGUCUACUCUCCCACAAAAAUGACGAAUCAAGGCGGUUGUCCGUCACCGUCAGAAACCGCCUUGUCCGUCUCUUUUACACUUCGCUUUACAUCGUACUCAUCACUCUUGCUACGGCGGCGAUGCCGUUUUUCGUCGAUUUCGUGUCCAUUUGCGGCGCCGUCGGGUUCACUCCGCUGGAUUUCGUCUUCCCUGCACUGGCAUUCCUCAAAGCCGGGAAGCUGCCCCGAAACAGAGCGCUUCGUCUCUUAAUGCAGCUUCUCAACUUCGCAAUUGCCGCCUGGUUUUCUGUCGUCGCCGUUUUGGGCUGCGUUGGUGCUGUCAGAUUUAUCGUUGAAGAUAUCAAAACUUACAGUUUCUUUCAUGAUAUGUAAAAUUAUAACUCAGAAAUUAAAGAUUUUGCAUUUUGGUAUUUUUACCUUUUUUUUUUUCCCUUUCUUUUUUCCUUUUCCGAUUUCCCAAGCUCGCCUGAGGCUUAUAUGUCUCCGAAAUUAGCGGAAAAUGAGGAAAACAAAACGGAAUGUUGCAU